UAUCGAAAAUCUAAGAAAUACUUUCGACCUCACAAAAUGGGUAAUAAAGCCUCAGGUGGAGCUUAUGGCGUGCCAAAAGGUAUACAACCAUCAGCUAAUAGACACAUCUUUGUAAGCUACUGCCAUAAAGACAAAAUGUUGGUGAAUAAAAUAUAUAAAGGGUUGAAGGAUGACGGUUUCGAUGUUUGGAUUGAUCAAGAAAACAUGGGAGGUAACCUACUAGAAGGAAUGGCUAAAGCUGUUGAAGACUCGUGGGUUGUCCUUAUUUGUAUGUCUGAACACUACCAGAGCAGCCCCUACUGUAAAAUAGAAACUGAAUACACAGUCAUGCAGCAUAAAGAAUACAUUAUGCUUAAAAUGCAGGAAAACUUUUCCCCUAAUGGCUGGCUAGGUGUUACACAAGGGGCCAAAAAAUUCUACAACUUUAGUAAAUCUGGCAAUUAUGAUAGCAUGCUCAAGGAAUUAAUCACAGAGUUGCAGGCAGUACGUCAUCGGGUUUUGCUGGACCUAAAACAAGUGCCAAAAGCUCAAGAGAAGAAAUCCCCUACAACAAGUACGACUCAGCCAUCUCUGCCCACGGCAUCUGAAACAAGAGAGCCAACGAAUGCUGAAAUGCCAACACCACCUAUUACUGAACCACCGCCACGGGAAACUACACCGCCUGCUCAAGAGAAGAAAUCCCCUACAACAAGUACGACUCAGCCAUCUCUGCCCACGGCAUCUGAAACAAGAGAGCCAACGAAUGCUGAAAUGCCAACACCACCUAUUACUGAACCACCGCCACGGGAAACUACACCGCCUGGUACUUGA